CAUAUUGACGUCGGUGUUACAUUGUUAUUUGUCCGUGUUUCCGCAAAUUUGGUCGAGGUUACAUCAGCUAAUCGACAGGCUAGCUAACUAAUGGGGGUUGCGAAACAUUGAAAUUGUCUUAAUCAACUGACAAAAGCAUUUUAGUAUGCACCGAAGACGGGAGAUAGGAUUACGCCACCCGUUGUGCUCUUUUAUGACAACCUAUAACGUUAGCUAACGUUAUUGAUUGUUGUUGGUUAACUAACUUUGGAAGCUGCUAGAUAUGUAUUGUUACAGCUGUUAAAUCUUUGUUGAAGUAAAUUAGAAGUAGAGUAAGUCUCCAUACGGAGGGAGAUCAUGGCGACUCGUAAACAGAAAAAGAUGAUAAAAUACGUGGAAGAUGGCAGUUUGAUGAAGCUGAAGUCCUACUUCCGGAAACACUCCGACCUCGACGUCAACUUCUCCCAGGGUAAAAAGCGCAGGACUCCCCUGCACCUGGCCUGCUCGCUCCGUGAUGACGCCAUCCUUCGGCUUUUGUUGAAGUAUGGAGCCAACAUCCUUCAGAAAGACAAGAAAGGGGACACGCCCCUACACAUUGCUGCUAACAAGGCUCUGAAACAUGGCAAAAGAGUCUAUGAUGACCUCGUCUUGCCCCUUCAAAAGAGUUGCCCAGAUGCCAUGGUUGCACCAAAUAAUGCAGGAAUUACACCUCGGGACCUACUGCAAUGGAUGAAAUUUGAGAAGACUGCACCUAGGGAAAAGUCUUCAAAAGCGACAGACGCUGAGAAAGAGUGGCAAGAGAAGCUCUUUGGGGAAUGCCAGGAUGAGUUUUUUGAAACAUUUGGACAAUAUGAUGCAGAUGAUUUAUUUGCGGAAGAUACCGAUGAGGAGGACUUUCAAGACUGGGCAGAUAGAAUUAGACAGGAGUAUGUCACUAAACAGCAUGCAGAGGCUCAAAGACUGGCAUCCUCAAGUUUUCAUGGGAAGAGGAAGAAAGAGGCGGAUGAGGAGGAUCGGGCUAACAGAGAGCUGCAUGAGAGGCUACAGAGGGAGCAUGAAGAGUACCUGGCACGUGCCGCACGGAAAGAGGAGGAAACGCGCCAGGGGAAGAAGCGGCGCUACGAGGAGCGAUGUGCAGAUACAUUCAACACUGACACUGUAGCAGCGGCAACAACAAAACUGAGUUAUCGGGACAUCCCCUGGCCGGCACCAAAGGGCUCAGUGGAGGAGAUGGUGGAGGUGAUGCUGCAUGGUGCAGAUAGGAAAGACAUGCCAGUGUUCCGUAAACUCCUCAGGCGCCAGCAGACUGUUUGGCACCCGGAUAGGUUUGCCCAGCGCUGUGGGACCCGGCUGGAGGAGGGAGACAAGCAGAGGAUCCUGGAAACUGUCACUGCUCUCUCACAGGAGCUCAAUAGACUGGCUCAGAGCCUCAGGUGACAAUGUCAGACUGGAAAGGACCUUAUGAGAUGUUGAACAGUGUCGUUUAGCCACUCACGGUCCUGUACAUGCAGGGCAGUGGUUAUGUUUGCAGUGGUGGUCAGUCAUUUUGAUCUGUCAAAACUCAUUUCCACUUGAAGUACCUAAUUUCUUGGAUAAACUUGGCUAUACUUCUUAUUCUUGUCCCAAUGCCAAAGUGUUGAGUGAAUGCCAUAUUUCACAGUGUUGUGUUCUGUACUCCACUGAUGUAAGAGAUGAUGUUGCUAGAGGGAAUGGGUGUUUGCCUUGUUAAAUUUUUCUAAUUAAAAAUAAAUAACCUGUGAUAUCUUGAUCA